AUGUCUACACAGCUGUUUGAAGGAAAGGAGCACGCCUCGUAUUAUCAAAAAUUCAGGUUUGAGCCACCGCAAGAAAUAAUCGACCUUAUCUUCAGUUUUGUGGAUGAAAGGCUGCCUAAACCCUAUGGAUUUGCCGUGGACGUUGGCUGUGGAACGGGGCAGAGCACAAGAAUUCUCUCUCCGUUCUUUGAGAAAGUCCUCGGAACCGACAUCAGUGAGGCUCAGAUAGAGGAGGCCAAGAAAGCCCCGGGGUCACCCAAUGUCACAUACAGUGCCUGUCCAGCUGAAGAGGUGCCGGUUGGUGACGCCUCUGUCGAUCUACUAACAGCCUGCGCUGCUGUCCAUUGGUUUAACAUUGAGAAGUUUCUAAAAGAGGUGGAUCGGAUCUUAAAGCCACGAGGUUGCCUCGCUUUCUUCUCCUAUCUCCCCCACAUGGAAGUUCACUACAAGGAGCGCUCAGAACAGAUGAGCCAAGUCUUUGCAGACGUGGAAAAUAUUCUGGCUCCAUAUCAGCACGAGAAGGUUCACCAUGUGAAGACUGGAUACAAGGAAAUAUUUGAAUCCAUCCCUUACACCGACAAAAGAAGGAUAGAAAGCGUUGUGACCAAAAUCCGAAUGCCAUUGUCAGGUCUGCUGGGAUUUAUUCAGACCUUCUCCAUGUUCCAGUCGUAUCUUAGGAGUGAGCCUGAGAAAGCAAAAGAAACUAUAAAAACAGUAGAGGAAAGGUACCUUCAGAUCAUGGGGACGUCCUCCAUUGAAACGGAGGUUGAACUUUGGCUGCGAAACGUCCUGGUAUUGGCUUCUAAACCGUAG